AUGUCGUUGGUUCGGGCCUUGGGUGCCGCCAUGUCUGGGAUUGGGUAUGGCCGGCUGAUGAUGACUACUCAACCAGAAUUGACCAUUUCAGUCGCCCUUUUACUCUGUGGUGCGUUCUUGGGCCUUACGGUACCAUUCAUUAUUCCACAAGUGGUCAGGUAUGCUCGUAUGGAUCAUCGUGGAAUUUUGCUAGAUUCCGACCCGCUUAGUCCACGCGAGAGUGAUAUAGAAGAUCAGACCCUAUCCAGCUUCUCGGAAUUUGAACGAACGACCGACAGCAAAGGUCCUACCACGCGUGCCCGGGCUUGUAAAAGAUGGUUUCGUCGACAGGCGAGAGAUAUUCUUCAGUUCUACCAGGCUCCUGUGACGCGGUUCCUGUAUAACACGAUCUUCUAUGUCAUAUUCCUGCUGAUCUUCAGCAACAUCAUGUUACGAUCUCUGACCAUCACUUGUUCUCCUCAGGAGAUGGUAGUCGUCCUCAUGGUCCUUUCUCUCCUCGUAGAGGAGCUAAAACAGGUUAGCAAACACCGCUGA